CUUUUAGUUCCGCCUCCCGACACGAGAUGGCGUUGGCAGUGUCGGCGCUGGCCGGCUUGCUCGCGGUAAUUGCGCGCGGCUAUUAUCUGGGCGUCGCUCGCCGCGCAUGGCGGCCGGUGCGAGCGGGAUGCACUCGAUAAUACGUAAAACAAAACGAGGGAGUAAUAAUGGUAAAAAACGAGCAGCACGCAAAUUAUAGUGAGAAAUGUGGCAGCCGGUAGCGGUGGGGGCUUGGGCUGUGCGGUGGGGGCCUUAGCGCGGCAGUCGUCGCUCGGCGCACGCAGACCGCCCGCGCCGCCUGCGCCGCCGCGAGUGCUGUGAGUUUGUGACAUGAACCGGCCGGCGCCAUGAGCGGCAAGGGCUCCUCCUCUCCGGACCUGCUCAUGAAUGUUAGUAUCGACACCGUGUCCGCGGAUCAUAAGGACAUGAAGAUCUUAGAACACCCGAGCUUACGCGGCACGCCCCUGGCGAUGUUGGCGGCGCAGUGCAACAAGCUGUCGAGUAAAUCUCCGCCGCCGCUGGCCGACGCGGCCGUGGGCAAGGGCUUCCACCCGUGGAAGAAGAGCCCCGGCGCGCACUCCCCGCCCGGCGGCGGCGGCGCACCGCGCUCGCAGCCGCCCGCCUGCACCCCCUACGGCCGAGGACCCACAUCUUGUGCCGCACCACCCUCCUAUGGAAACGACCUGUAUUUCCCGUCAUCUGGCGAUCAACUCCUAGGCAAAAGCGAAUCCAGUGCGAGUCUCGGCUCGAUGUACUCCCGACACCCCUAUGAAUCGUGGCCCUUCAACGUCGGUGGUGGCGGCAGUAGUGGUGCCUUAAAAGCUGCCGAAAUGGGCGGCGUCGGUGCCGUCGGCGGUACGUGGUGGGAUGUUCACAGCGGAUGGUUAGACGUCGGAGGACAAAUGGCAAAUUACGCGGGCCAAGACUACUCGCAAUUAACGCAUUCACUAUCCGGUGGUGCCCACUUACUACCCCCUGCCCCGCAUUUGCUUCAAGACGCAUACAAGUCCGUGUUGCCGACGCAGGGUUCGUUCGGACUGCACGGGCCAGGUUCGCCGGCGCCACCCGCGCAGGCUCCCUCUCCCCGGUCGCAGCGUAGGUACGCCGGCCGAGCCACCUGCGACUGCCCCAACUGCCAAGAAGCAGAGAGGCUGGGCCCCGCGGGCGCACAUCUAAGAAAAAAGAACAUUCACAGUUGUCACAUACCCGGCUGCGGGAAAGUGUACGGCAAAACGUCCCACCUAAAAGCCCACCUUCGCUGGCACACAGGCGAAAGACCCUUCGUGUGCAACUGGCUAUUCUGCGGGAAGAGGUUCACGCGCUCCGACGAGCUGCAGCGGCACCUGCGCACGCACACCGGAGAGAAGAGGUUCGCGUGUCCAGUGUGCAAUAAGAGAUUUAUGCGGUCAGACCACCUGGCGAAACAUGUGAAAACGCAUAACGGAGGUAAAAAAGGCAGUUCGGAUUCGUGUUCGGACUCGGAGGAGAACAGCCAAGGGGAAGGCGGCGUGGGCGGACGGUCGCCGGAGCACCCGCUGGACGUGAAGCCGGGCUCGCUGGUGUGA